AUGGUAUAUUUCAUUGACAUAUAUAAAUCUGAAGAAUUUAAGACCUACGACAACUUUGUUUCGUUAGUUGCUGAGUGUGUCUUGCAGAUAAGAGAUAAAGAUAGAAGAGGUAAGGUAUGGAACCAACAGAUAAAACCAGCAGCCUUUGAGUUAAAGAAGACCAUCUACGCCUUACUUGUUUUAGCAGGACAAAUUUCAGAAUAUAACGCAAAAAUGAACUCACAAUGUUCAAAAUGUAAAGCAGCAACAAGGAAAUAUAACUACUCCGUCAAAGAGAUAGAAAGAAUGAGAAAAGACCAUACUGACUUAAAGAAAGAAGUAGAGAAACCAGCAGAAGAUAAAAUGGACAUGUUGACAUUUCUGAACAAAAACUAUCCAACUGCUAACGAUUUCCUUCUUUCAGAUGUCAAGAAGAAAUAUAAAGAAACCUUCGGCAUAGUUAAAAUUUUUGAUAUCCUUCGUGAAGAAAUAGAAGCUACAAAACUGUUUAAAGUCAUGAACCAUCACAACAUAUACCAUGUAAAACGCUUGUAA